AUGCCGAGACUCUCAAAGUCUGGCUACCGCAUCCUCGUCAGCGCUGACGUGUACCGCGUGUCGUACUUCGUCUUCCUGGACGCAUUCAAGUGGCACCUGUGGCUGGCCAUCGCCCUCACAUGCGCGUUCGUGGGCGUGGCCGUGUGGCUGCUGGAACCCUGGUCCAGCGCACAGCGCCAGCCGUCACUCGCGGACUUCCGCUGGAACUCCCUCGGCCGCAAGGUCUGGACUGCCUUCGCCAACUCCAUGAACUUCUCGGCCGGCGACAUGGGUGGCAGCCACGCGGCCAGCAACGUAAUCGUGUUGUCAUUUGCCUUCAUCAUGCUCGUGCUUGUGUCCCUCUACACCGCCACCACGUCUCCAAGCGCACGCCUAAUGAUGAACCGCUGCCGCCGCCGCAACCACCACCACCACCACUUUGCCAUUACAGCCGCCAACCUGACGGCCAACCGCCUGGUGUCUGCGGUGGAGGGCGUCAGUGACCUACCCGGCCGGAAUGUAGGGACGUGGGACGACCCAGAGUACCUGGGGGACCUGAAGCGCCGCGGCGUGACGGCCACGCCCCUGCCCUGGAACGACGAGGCUGACCAGGACGCCAUGUUUGAUGCGGUUGGCAACCACACCCUGGACGCCCUGGUGCUGGACAGUUACGUGCUGGAGUACGCCGCCAACAACAGAUGUGACGUCACCGUAGUCGGCGGCAUGUUUGACCAGGUUUAA